AUGGCCCAGCUAUCGGUGAUCCCAGGAUCGGCCACUGCGUGGACAGGGCUCCUCACCGAGGGCGGCCGCAAGGAUUCAGACAUGCGGGAGGCGGCGUCGCUGAGGCAGCAGCGCCGAAUGAAGCAGGCCGUGCAGUUCAUCCACAAGGACUCGGCCGACCUGCUGCCCUUGGACGGCCUCAAGAAGCUGGGUUCGUCCAAGGACACGCAACCUCAUAACAUUCUGCAGAGGCGCCUCAUGGAAACCAACCUAUCUAAGCUCCGAAGCAGUCGUGUCCCUUGGGCUUCUAAGACCAACAAAUUCAAUCAGGCCAAGUCUGAGGGGCUGAAGAAGUCUGAGGAUGAUGACAUGAUUUUGGUUUCUUGCCAGUGUGCUGGAAAGGAUGUGAAAGCCUUGGUUGACACAGGCUGUCAAUAUAAUCUCAUCUCUUCAGCCUGUGUGGACAGACUGGGACUCAAGGAGCAUGUCAGAUCUCACAAGCAUGAAGGAGAGAGACUUUCCCUACCCCGGCAUCUGAAAGUUGUGGGCCAGAUUGAGCACCUGGUGAUCACACUGGGCUCCCUCCGCCUGGACUGCCCAGCAGCUGUGGUUGAGGAUAAUGAGAAGAACUUGUCUCUUGGUCUGCAGACUCUCCGAUCCUUGAAGUGCAUCAUAAACUUGGAUAAGCACCGGCUGAUCAUGGGAAAGACAGACAAGGAAGAAAUCCCUUUUGUGGAGACAAUUUCCUUGAAUGAAGAUAACACUUCAGAAGCCUAACUACAGCCUACAGCAUGUCUGCAUGUGUGCACACACACCAGGUUGACAGAUUGAAAAAACUGGGUUUGAACCAAAUGCAGCAGCAACUUGCUGUGGACCAAGUCCUAC